CCCUGCAAGUAUUUUGGUCGGUAUAAUUUGCACCAUUUGAAUUUAUGAGUGAUUGCCUUAUGAUAUAGUUCAGCAGAGGACUUUUAUAGACUGCAGAGAGGGAACCCAAACAAGCAGACGAGUAUUUCUUCAUCUUUCACAUUCGGACUCACUCUGCGGCAACCGCAAUAUAUAAAAUCAAUGAUCAGCUGAUUGCGUAUCAAAUCAGGGUAAGAUUCGUCGCGAAUAGCAAAAAUAAUGUUUUUCAGCGGCGAUCCUUCAUCGCGUAAGCGAGUUGAUUUAGGUGGCCGAAGCUCCAAGGAACGAGACAGGCAGAAGCUCGUGGAACAGGCUAGGCAGGAGCGUAAUCGCCGGCAGCACUUGCGUCAGCAGAACUCCGCUGCCAUCAAAAUUCAGAAAUUCUUCCGUGGAAGAAAAGAAGUUGAAGCUGCACGCUCCAGAGUUCGUAACUCAUUUUUCAAGACUUAUGGGGAGCAUUGCCAGAAAGUUGAGAGGCAGUCUUUUGGUCCGGAUUCAGAUUUUCUUCGAGAACUUCUUUUUUUCUUGAAACCAACAUGUGCGGCUGAUUUUGCUAUCCUCGUGGAAGCGUGCCAAUCUCUGCAAGAAUUUGCUCGCGAUACUGGGGAUAUUAUUUGCAUCUUUGCUGGCAUGGAAUAUGAUUUUAAUCGUGCAUUGGUGGACCACAGGGUUAAGAAACUUGCUUAUGCUUGUGUUCAGGCACUUCAUGCAAACAGGAAUCAGUUGAAGUAUCAACUUCUUGAGGCAUCUGAAAUUCUUCAUACACCAACUUCCAUUUUGUUGGAUACAGUUCAUUUGUUGAUUGACCCAAGGCUUCCUUGGUCCUGCAAAAUAGUGACUUAUCUUCUCGAUAGAAACAUACACUGUAUGUUCAGAGAACUAAUUUUGACAUGGAAGGAAGGGAAUUUUCCUGUUUCCAACUGGGUGGGUUCCUCUUUGGAGCGCAUAGUCAUUGUUAUCAUGUCUCAUGCUGGCCAACGAUCUUGUACUUGUCCGACCCUUUAUUCAACAACAAGUUUUCCUUCCCAGAUUCUUUCAAUACCUUUUUUGUGGAACUUUUUCCCACACCUAAAAGAGAUUUUUGCAACACCAGCUCUGAGCCAACAUUAUAUCCAUCAGAUGGCCUUAUGUGUCAAAGAUAAUAGUAAUAUUCUCCCUCCUGAUACAGCAACUGAUAUGCCUGGAUAUGGAUGCCUUUUGGGGAACCUUUUGGAUGCUGCAAGCCUUGCUUUUACUCGGCCAGACUCAUUUGAUAUGGCUAUUGAUUUUGCAACUGUUGCUGCAUUUUUGUUGGAAGCACUUCCUUCGCUUAGAAAGUCAAGAUUGGGAAGCAAAGGAUUUUCCCAAAUGACUGAUGAUGAAAUGAUCACUGGAGAUGAACCACCUGAUGAGGUUCUGAAUUCGGACUUGGAACAACAAAUAUUCAAAGCAAUGGAUCCAUCAUUUCUUCUGCAGUUGACAAAUGUCUUCUUUGGGAGGUCUGCACUCACCAACGGUGUACAAUUGGGCCAGUGUAAUGACAAAGUUGUGGAAGCUGUUGGUGCAGCUUGUGCUUUUCUGCACGUGACUUUCAAUAUAUUAGACCCUGAUAGAAUAAUGACUGUAAUUGCUUACCGGACAGAAUUGGUUCCUGCGCUUUGGGCCUUCAUGAAACAAUGCCAUGAGAAUCAGAAAUGGUCAUUGCUUUCGGAGCAUUCAGCAUAUUUGCCAGCAGAUGCUCCUGGUUGGCUAUUGCCAUUGGCUGUUUUCUGUCCCGUUUACAAGCAUAUGCUUAUGAUAAUUGAUAACGAGGAGUUCUAUGAACAAGAGAAGCCAUUAGCUCUGAAGGAUAUCAAAAGUCUGGUUGUUAUCCUGAGACAGGCCUUGUGGCAGAUCAUGUGGCUUAAUCCUGUGCCUCCAACUAAUUUCGACAAAUACAUUACUGAUAGAUUCACUACAACGAAGCAUCAUGUGGAUUUUAUUCAGCACAAGGUUUGUGUUGUGGCCUCUGAGCUUCUCUCAAAGUUGCAAGAUUGGAAUAAUAGAAGACAAUUUACAUCUCCUAGUGACUUCCAUGCUGAUGGUGUCAAUGAGCACUUCAUCUCUAUGGCAAUGACAGAAAAUACCAGAGCUAAUGAUAUACUGAAACAAGCUCCCUUCUUGGUGCCUUUUACAAGCAGAGCACAAAUAUUUACUUCAAAGCUUGCUUCUUCAAGAGAAAGGACUGGGAAUCAAGCUGUUUUUCCAAGGCAUAGACUCAGAAUACGAAGAGACCAUAUUCUAGAAGAUGCUUUUAAUCAGAUGAAAGAAUUAUCCGAUGAUGAUCACCAUGGACUGAUUCGAGUAACCUUUAUCAAUGAAUUUGGGGUUGAAGAGGCUGGUAUUGAUGGUGGUGGGAUUUUCAAAGACUUUAUGGAGAAUAUAACGCGUGCAGCAUUUGAUGUACAGUAUGGAUUAUUUAAGGAAACUGCUGAUCACCUAUUAUAUCCAAAUCCUGGAUCAGGGUUGAUUCAUGAACAACAUCUCCAGUACUUCAACUUUCUUGGGACUGUUCUUGCGAAGGCAAUUUUUGAAGGGAUUUUGGUUGACAUACCAUUUGCAACAUUCUUCCUGAGCAAAUUGAAGCAAAAGCAUAACUAUUUAAAUGAUCUACCGUCUUUGGAUCCAGAGCUGUACCGUCAUCUAAUAUUUCUUAAGCACUAUGAUGGUAAUUUAUCAGACUUGGAACUGUACUUUGUUGUGGUUAACAAUGAAUAUGGAGAGCAAAAAGAAGAGGAGCUGCUUACUGGUGGAAAAAGCAUGAAGGUUACAAAUGAGAAUGUCAUCACCUUUAUUCAUCUUGUAGCAAACCAUCGUCUGAAUGCUCAGAUACGUGAACAAAGUUCUCAUUUUCUGAGGGGCUUUCAAGUCUUAAUACAGAAGGAAUGGAUUGACAUGUUUAAUGAGCAUGAACUUCAGCUUCUAAUUUCUGGUGCAGUUGAUGGUAUUGAUGUUGAUAAUCUUCGAACUCAUACCAAUUAUACUGGUGGUUAUCAUGAGGAUCACUAUGUAAUUGAGAUGUUCUGGGAGGUGGUAAAAAACUUUUCUUUGGAAAACCAGCGAAAUUUUCUAAAAUUUGUAACAGGAUGCUCUCGGGGACCGUUGCUUGGGUUCAAAUACUUAGAACCUUCUUUCUGUGUACAAAGAGCUGCAGGGAACACACCAGAUGAGGCUCUUGAUCGUCUGCCAACAUCAGCCACUUGCAUGAAUCUCUUGAAACUUCCACCAUAUAGAAGCAAAGAACAAAUGGAGCAAAAACUGCUGUAUGCGAUAAAUGCUGAAGCUGGUUUUGACUUGAGCUGAUGGAGUUUUAGAGUGGAUCCUUUUUAUGGCAUUAUCAUUUCCUCUUUUACAUGGAACAUCAGAAGUGAUUCUCGGGAAAUCAGCCGUUCCAACUUCCACCUCAAGUACAAAACGUGUCUGGGACACACAAGUACCUGCCCCUAUGUUGCGUGUAUAUAAAAAUCAACACCUGCCCUGCCUGGGUCAUACACCGGUCAAGCUAGCCUCCUAUUUGGAUAGACAAGUGUAACUCCCUUUUCAUUUGUCAGAUAGUUGCCCCUGCAAAAAAUGGCCGCAAAUCGUAUUAGUUUUUAUAGCCGGCAGGCGGCAGUGAUUUAGAACGUUUGUUGUUGUUAAUCCAUAGUUCACUUGAAGUUGGAUGAUGUUGCACAUCUGUCAAAUGUAUGUAUUUUAUAAUUUCAUUCAGAACGCACAUCUGGCAAUAGCAUACAUUUUGUUUUAAAAACAAAAAGAAAAAAUACCUUUCAAUAUUAUGUAGCUAACACUCUACAGAACUAACAAGUGC